AUGCCCUGAAGUCUGGUGCACAAACGAUCGAGGCAAAGAUGCCUGAAGUUUGGUGCCCUGCUCCCAUCACACUCAACCACCAUUCCCACUCCCCUUCUUCUCCCCACCAGGCUCCUGCCCCACCUCUGACCACCACAAACCGCUUCAACUCGCGCCCUCCUGCUCCUCCUGACAUCGGCCGCCGCUGCUGCUCCACCGCCGACACGCCGGACAUGGUGAAGGCGAUCAGGGUCCAUGAGCUUGGCGGGCCCGAGGCGAUGCGAUGGGAGGAGUUGGAGGUGGGGGCGCCCAAGGACGGCGAGAUCCGGGUGAAGAACACCGCCAUCGGCGUCAACUUCAUCGACGUCUACUUCCGCAAGGGUGUCUACUCCGCCCCACUUCCCUUCACACCCGGCAUGGAAGCUGUUGGCGUGGUGACCGCCGUAGGGCCAGGUCUGACUGGCAGGAAAGUUGGGGAUGUCGUCGCAUAUGCAGGCAUGCCUAUGGGUUCUUAUGCCGAAGAGCAGAUUCUUCCAGCCAAUGUCGCCGUCCCUAUCCCGCCUUCGAUAGAUCAUAAGACGGCAGCCGCUAUCAUGCUCAAGGGAAUGACUGCCCAUGUUUUACUGCGCCGUGUAUUCAAGGUCGAGGUCGGCCAUACUGUUCUUGUCCACGCCGCUGCAGGUGGAGUUGGUUCUCUCCUCUGCCAGUGGGCAAAUGCCCUUGGAGCCACUGUCAUCGGAACCGUCUCAAACGAAGAGAAAGCCGGGCAUGCGACUCAAGAUGGGUGUCACCAUGUGAUCUUGUACACCAAAGAAGAUGUCGCAACGAGAGUCAAAGAGAUCACAGAUGGAAAAGGUGUCAAUGUGGUCUACGACUCUGUCGGAAAAGAUACAUACAAGGCUUCUCUAGACUCCUUGGCUUCCCACGGUUACAUGGUUUUGUUCGGGCAGUCCUCUGGCUCGCCCGAUCCCAUCUCGAUCAGCGACCUGGCUCCCAAGUCAUUAUACCUAACUAGGCCUGGCAUAUCGAGCUACACUGGCACCCGCGACGAGCUGCUCCAGUCGGCCGGCGAGGUGUUCGCAAACGUGGCAAGUGGGGUGCUGCGCAUCCGCAUGAAUCACACAUACCCGUUGUCCGAAGCGGCCCGUGCACACGCUGACCUCGAGGCCAGGAAGACCUCCGGGUCAAUACUUCUCAUACCGGAUAACUAGACAAACACCAUUUUUUUUCAGUUUACAGUGAGACAGGUGUAAACAAAUGUUAGGAGUUGGCAUUUGAAAAUUGAAUUCUAUAAUUGUCUUACUUGUUUGUGUUGAAUUCAGUAACGAUUCAUGCAUGGACCUCCGUUUUAAGGAAUAAGGCGUCCUCGUUUUACGUGUUU